AUGCGGAAGGACGCUGCCGCCGCCGGCAUUGCGCCGGGUUCGGCGCCCACGCUACUCUGCUUCGACCUCAAGCCCUUCCUCGCCGCGCUCACCGUGCUCACGCUCCUCGCCGCCGCCUGGCAGCUCCGCCCGUACCACUCCCUCCUCGCUUCCCCAUUCUCCGCCGCGUGCCCGCAACCCACCGCCGGCGCCUCGCUCCCCCGCGCGCUCGCCGUCCACGCCAAGAAGGCCUUCUCCGCCGCCACCAACUCCACCGCUUCCUCCUCGCCGCCGCCGCCCGGCCCCGAGCGGCGGGAGUUCCGCGCCGUGGGCAGCGCGGCGGCGCUGUUCGUGCAGAUGGGCGCGUACCGCGGGGGGCCCUACACCUUCGCGGUCGUUGGGCUCGCGUCCAAGCCCACGCACGUCUACGGCAAGCCCUGGUUCCGCUGCGAGUGGGAGCCCAACGGCGCGUCCUCCUCGCCGCCGAUGCGCGCGGCCAAGACGUACCACAUGCUCCCGGACUGGGGCUACGGCCGCGUCUACACCGUCGUCGUCGUCAACUGCACGUUCCCGCGCGUCCCCAACGCCGACAACGCCGGCGGCAGGCUCAUCCUCUACGCGCACUACGGGCCGUCGCGGUACGACUACCUCUACUACUGCGGCUCCUCGCUGUACGGCAACCUCAGCGCGGCGCGGGUGCGGGAGUGGAUGGCGUACCACGCGCGCUUCUUCGGCGCCCGCUCCCACUUCGUGUUCCACGACGCCGGCGGCGUCAGCCCCGACGUGCGCGCCGCGCUCGAGCCGUGGGUGCGCGCCGGCCGGGCCACGCUGCAGGACGUGCGCGCGCAGGCCGAGUACGACGGGUGGUACUACAAUCAGUUCCUCGUCGUCAAUGACUGCCUGCACCGGUACCGGCACGCGGCCAAGUGGACCUUCUUCUUCGAUGUCGACGAGUACAUCUUCCUGCCCGACGGCCGCACGCUCGAGGAUGUACUCGCCGACCUUGAACCGUACACGCAGUUCACCAUCGAACAGAACCCAAUGUCGAGCAAGUUGUGCGUCGAUAAUCCGGAGGCCGACUAUUCCAACCAAUGGGGAUUUGAGAAGCUGGUUUUCCGGAACUCGAUCACUGGGGUGAGGAGAGACAGGAAGUACGCGAUUCAGGCCAAGAACGCAUACGCCACGGGUGUUCAUAUGUCUGAGAACGUCAUCGGCAACACCACGCACAAGACGGAGCACCUCAUCCGAUACUACCACUACCACAACACCAUCAACGUCCUUGGCGAGGUGUGCCGCGAGUUCGUCUCCAUUCCGCCAAAGGGUGGCCUAACAUGGUCCGAGAAGACACCCUGGUACUACGACGACAGCAUGAAGCGCGUCGCCGAUGCCGUGCGUGAGUUCGAGAGGGAGACCAUCGGCGAUCUGCGGCUAUGA